AUGGAUUUUUUAGCUAUUAUAUUAAAGAAAAUGAAUAGAUUUGAAAAAGCUGUGGAAAAUUAUGAUUUGGCAAUUGAGAAAAAUCCAAAUGUUUCUGAAUAUUAUGAUGGAAAAGCUGAUGCUCUAGAUAAAAUGUAUAGAUAUGAAGAAGCUUUAGAAUACUAUGAUCUGGCAAUUUAGAAAAAUCCACGAAAUUCUCACUAUUUAAAUGACAAAGCUCAUACUCUAGAUAAAAUGAAAAGAUUUGGUGAAGCUUUGGAAAAUUAUGAUUCAGCAAUUGAGAAAAAUCCAUAGGUUUCUGAAUAUUAUGAUGGCAAAGCUAAUACGUUAUAUAAAAUGAACAGAUUUGAAGAAGCUUUGAAAAUUUUUGAUUAAGCAAUUUCUAUAAAUCCUGAAAAUUCUAACUAUUAUAACGGCAAAGCAUGUACAUUAAAACAAAUGAGCAGAUUUGAAGAAGCUUUGGAAAAUUAUGAUAAAGCAAUUUACAAAAAUCAUGAAAAUUCUUAAUAUUAUUUUAACAAAGCUAAUACUCUAGCCAAAAUGAACAGAUUAGAACCAGCUAUUUACAAUUAUGAUUUAGCAAAUAAGAAAAAUCCAGAAAAUUCUGAAUCUUAUUUUGGCAAAGCUAAUACUCUAAAACAAAUGAAUAGAUUUGAGGAGGCUUUGGAAAAUUAUGAUUCAGCUAUUUAGAAAAAUCCAGAAAAUUCUUCAUAUUAUUGUAAUAAAGCUAGAACAUUAUAAGAGAUCAACAGAUAUUAAGAAUCUUUAGAAAAUUAUGAUAGAGCCAUUUAGAAAUACCCAGAGGAUUCUAACUAUUAUAAUGGCAAAGCAUGUACAUUAAUUAAAAUGAGCAGAUUCGAAGAAGCUUUGGAAAAUUAUGAUUCAGCAAUUUAGAAAAAUCCAGAAAAUUCUGACAAUAUUGCUGGAAAAGCUAAAACUCUAUAGAAGAUGAACAGACUUGAAGAGGCUUUGAAAGGUUUUGAUUUAGCAAUUAUGAGAAAUCCAGAAAAUUCUGACUAUUAUAUUGAUAGAGCUAAUACUCUAUAUAAAAUGAACAGAUUUAAUGAAGCAUUGAAAGAUUUUGAUUUAGCUAUUUAGAAAAAUCCAGAAAAUUCUGGCUAUUAUAAUGAUAGAGCUAAUACCUUAAAUAGAAUGAACAGAUAUGAAGAAGCUUUGGAAAAUUAUGAUUCAGCAAUUUAGAAAAAUCCAGAAAAUUCUGACUAUGAUUUUAACAAAGGUAUAUUUCUUCUGAAUGAUUUCUCAGCUGUCACUUUAAAUUAAUUGAUGAGAUUUGAAAAAGCCCUAGAAAAUUAUGAUUUUGCAAUUUAAAAGAAUCCAGAAAAUUCUGACUAUUACUAUUACAAAGCUAAUAUUCUAUCCCAAUUGAACAAACUAGAAGAGGCUUUGAAAAAUUUUGAUUUAGCAAUUUAGAAAGCUCCAGAAAAUUCUGGCUAUUAUUUUGGCAAAGCUAAUUACCUAUUUUAAUCAGAUUAUCAAGCAAUUUUAAAUACAAUAAAGAGACUUAGCAAUUUAGAAAAAUCCAGAAAAUUCUGACGAUUAUGAUAGCAAAGGUAAUACUCUAGAAGGUGUGAGCAGAUUUGAGGAAGCUUUGAGAAUAUAUGAGUGAGCUAUUUUGAGAGGGCCAUUACAUUUAGGGUAUAUUUU